AUGUCACGCCUUCGUAAUUCCGUAUUGAAGCUACCCAAGAUACCCACCUUUGUUGAUUGGAACAAGCAGUUCAAGUCGAAAGGCUCCAUGCACCUUCCUCGAGCCACAUUGGCCGAUCCCAAAGUAGCAGAGCUCGCCCUUUCAAAAGUCAAACUACCCUCCAAUCCAUCCGAAAUGACAGCUGUUGAGCUGUAUCCAGGUUUUGGUGCUUGGACCGCUGCUAUGGCCAAUGCAGGUUUCAAACGUAUCAUUUCUUUGGAGAACAAUACAAAGUAUGCAAAGUGGAUGGGGAACAUUGCAGAAGAAUCACAAGGCGUCGUUGAAGUGGUCAAAAAAGAUGGUUACGACUGGGAUACUUAUCUUGACCUCAAAAAACCUGAAUUCUUGGGAAACCUGGUUGAUGAAGAUUGGUCCAAAGUUCAUCCAAACAUCCUGUUUACUGGUACGCUUCCACGAUCCUCCCGGGGUGAACAAUUGCUAGCUCAGUUUACGACAUGUAUCCACAACAAGAUGGCAAUGCAUACCAAUGGUCGAAUUCAAAUGUUAAUGUGGAUACCUGAAAUCCUUUAUGCGAAAUUCACUGCACCUCCUGGCUCGACCGCAAGAUGCAAAAUGGGUAUCGUAGCCGACGCUUGCGUAGACAUUGAACUUGUUCACGUUGCAAAGGCCCCGGAAAUGUAUCCUCAUACGGAUUACUAUUUGACCAAUGUGAUACCAUUUGAAAACAAAAAGAUACAAGCACCAUGGGAUGUCUUUGAAUAUGUAUUGAAGCAUCUUUUCGUGAUGCAACGACAGCCCCUUUCGAAAAUGAUAAAAACAUUGGGCCCAGGAGCAGAAAUCAUCUUAUCACGGUUGUCCUUUGAUCCAUCCAUUGAAGUUGGCCAUUUGACAGUAGAACAAGUAGAUGAAGUCGCAUGCAAGUUUGAUCAAUGGCCAUUACGUCCCCGCGUGCUCUUUGAAUUUGAUUUCGAUUAG